AUGAGCCCCUCAGCCGCCCUCGUUCAACCCCCAAGUGAGAUUCAUCGCGCAUGGUGGAAAGAAUGCUCCGUCUAUCAGAUUUGGCCUGCCUCAUUCAAAGACUCCAAUGAUGACGGCGUCGGUGACAUUCCCGGCAUCGUCUCGAAACUAGACUAUAUUCGCGACAUGGGAAUCGACAUUGUUUGGCUAUGUCCGUCGUACAAAUCCCCCCAGGUUGAUAUGGGGUACGACAUUGCCGAUUACUAUAGCAUCGCAGACCAGUAUGGCACGGUCGCAGAUGUGGAGAAUCUAAUCAAGGGAUGCCACGACCGAGGCAUGAAGCUGCUGAUGGAUUUAGUGGUGAACCAUACGAGUGAUCAGCACGAAUGGUUUAAGAAAUCGCGAAGCUCCCGGGAUAAUGAGUUCCGUGAUUGGUACAUCUGGAGGCCUCCUCGCAUUGAUGAGAAUGGGAACAGACACCCCCCGAACAACUGGGUUUCGCAUUUCCAGGGCAGCGCGUGGCAUUAUGACGAACUAACCGGCGAAUACUACCUACACUUGUAUGCCGUCGAACAACCUGAUCUGAACUGGGAGAACCCGGCUGUGCGCAAAGCCGUUCACGAUAUCGUGCGCUUCUGGUUAAAUAAAGGGGCGGAUGGAUUCCGCAUGGACGUUAUCAACUUCAUCAGCAAGGACCAGGCCUUCCCUGAUGCUCCAGUUAACGACAAAGACACUAUGUGGCAAUGGGGCGAUAAAUAUUACGCCAAUGGACCCCGGCUGCACGAGUACCUCCAGGAGAUUGGAAGGAUCUUGAAUGAGUACGGUGCCUUUAGUGUAGGCGAGAUGCCGUUCGUUAAAGAUACAAAUGAGGUGCUUAAAGCUGUGCGCUACGAUCGGAACGAGAUCAACAUGAUCUUCAGUUUCGAACAUGUGGAUCUUGACCACGGUCCCUGGGGCGACAAGUUCAAGCCGGGCAGCUUCAAACUUACCGACGUCAAGGCGUUUUUCGAGCGCUGGCAGGUUUUCAUGUACGAGAAUAGUGGCUGGAACGCGCUGUACUGGGAGAACCACGACCAACCGCGAUCAAUUGACCGGUUCGUCAAUCCGCCUGUAGCUCUCCGACAGACAUCCGGAAAGAUGCUCGCUACGGUUCUGGCCUUGCAGGCGGGGACUCCUUUUCUUUACCAAGGCCAGGAGAUUGGAAUGGGCAAUGUGCCUCGCGAGUGGGGAAUGGAAGAGUACAAGGAUAUUGACUGUCUCAAUCACUGGGAGAGACUCCUCAAAGCCAAACCCUUUGACACAGAGGCACAGCAAAUCGCCCGGCAAGAAUACCAGAAAAAGUCGCGCGACAACGCCCGCACGCCCGUUCAGUGGUCCGCGGAGCCAAAUGGCGGCUUUACCAGCGCUGCCGUGAAGCCGUGGAUGUCCGUCAACCCCGAAUACCUACAAGUGAACGCAGCCGCUCAGGUGCAAGAUCCCCACUCGCUGUACAACUUCUGGGCGUCCGUGCUGAAACUCCGCAAAACCUAUGUCGACAUCUUUGUGUACGGGAACUACGAGGCUGUGGAUCGCGACAGCCAGGAGCUUUUCGCGUUUACCCGCACCUACAAUAGCUCGAAGGCAUUGGUGGUGGCUAACUGGACAGCCGGGCAGCUUUCCUGGGAUGCAGCCGCCCAUAAGGUUGAAGCCAAGGAGGUGCUCCUGGAUACGUACGGGCCUGCGAGCGCAGUGCAGGAGAGGUUCCGCGAACAAGAAGAAAAAAAAGAAGAAGAAAUCCCAGCACACCUAAACCCAGCCACCUACCCACGAACCCUAACGAUCCCGCGCGCCAACAUCCACAUCUCAUUAACCUACGCCCCGCUGGACGCAAGCCGCGCGCUCUCCGCGAUCUCGUCCGCCGCCGCGGGCGCAAACGUGCUCUUCCAGGGCACGACCCGAGACAGCUUCGCCGGCAGACAGGUGGCGCAACUCAGCUACACGGCGUACGCGCCGCUGGCGCUGAAGUCGCUCGAGGCCAUCGCGCGCGAGGCCGUGGCCGCGCACGGCCUGGCGGGCGUGUACAUUGCGCAUCGGCUGGGCGUGGUGCCGGUUGGGGAGGCGAGUAUUGUGAUUGGGGUGUCGGCGGGGCAUCGCGGGGCGGCGUGGAGGGCGGGCGAGGAGGUGUUGGAGGAGUGUAAGAGUAGGGUGGAGGUGUGGAAGAAGGAGGAGUUUGUGGAUGGGGCCGGGGAGUGGAGGGCGAAUAGGGAGAGGGAUGCAGAGGGGGGGUUGUUGGUCUUGACUGGUUCUUAA